AUGGACCGCAACGCCGGGGCAAAGUCGUCCCAUGACUAUGCGGACGAGAAAGCGCAUGAAGAGAUUCGUACGGAGGUAGCAUCGGAGAUGGCGACGCUCCCUACCGGCGAGCGGUCUCAGGCCGAGAAGAAGUUAGUCAAGAAGACCGAUCUUGUUGUCAGCAUGAUGUUCGGAUUGUCUUACUUUUUCGCGUACUUGGACCGUGGUGCUAUCGGCAAUGCUCGAAUCAUGGGGCUCCAGCAAGAUCUUGGUCUUUCCAACGAUCGCUUCUUCAAUUGUCUUCUCAUCUUCUUCAUCGGUUAUGCCGCCUUCGAGGGGCCUACGUUUUACCUCAUUCGCGUUUUCCAUGCUCCCACCGUCUAUGCUGUCUCUGCUCUUGUCUUCGGCGUCUCUGCGCUCCUUACCGCCUAUGCUAAGACCUACGCCCACCUACUUGUCCUGAGACUGUUCAUGGGUUUCGGAGAAGCAACUGUGCAGACAGGGUUUGUGUACGUGUCACUCUGGUACCGUCGGGAGGAGAUGUCGGUGCGGGCAAGCUAUCUGUUCGCCUUCACACCUAUUGCUGGGGCAAUUUCUGGCCUUAUCUCCUACGGCAUUCAGCGAGGUCUCGAGGGAGCUGGUGGAUACCCUCACCAAGUUAUGGGUGCCAAGGUGGAGUUCUGGCAAAUCAAGACGGCCAUCAAGGAUAUCAAGGUCUGGCUCAUGGCUUUCAUCGCCGCCACCCACGCGACUGGCCUGACCGGUUUCUCUAUUUUCCUCCCGACCUUCAUCCACGAAUUUGGUUACUCGGCUCUGGUCACCCAGCUCUACACCAUUAUCCCAUAUGGAGUUGCCUUCAUUUCAUUGAUCGCCGUGACGCGUAUCUCCGACAGGCUGGUCAUGCGAUCUAUUCCCCUGCUCAUUGUCACUGGCGUGGCCAUCGUUGGGUUCAUCAUCAUCUUAUCACAGACAAAUCCCGCCGUUGGAGUCUUUGCUAGCAGCGUAAUUACGGCUGCUGUAUAUCCGGGGGUUGCCAUCGUGUCAGGCUGGAUUCCGAGCAGCAACGCCGGCUACACCAAGCGAGCUGCCGCUACUUGGAUCACGCAGAUCUUUUGCCAGGCCUUCAGCAUCAUGGCCAGCAAGAUCUACGACAAGCCCCCUCGCUUCUUCAAAGGGCACGGCGUUCUCUUGGGUUUCUUUGUGCUCACCUUCUUCUUCCUCAUUGUGCUAACCUAUCUCAUGAAACGUCACAAUAAGGAGAAGGAUGCGUUAGCUCAAGAGUGGGAAGCGAGGGGAGAGCCUAACCCGGACGAGAGCAAGACCCUGGAGGAGCUGUGUGAUGAUCACCCAUCAUACCGGUACAUGUAUUGA